CUUUUUGUCCAAGCACAACAUGACAGAUCUGCAAAUGGACUAAAACACUGAAAGGAUAUCCCAAUCUGACAAACUCUGCAGCAUUAUGACUGAGGCAAAUACAGUGCUUCACCCGACAACUAUGCCCAGUGUAAUUUCUGCUUUUACCAACUCCACGCCGGUUUUAUCCACUGGAAAAUCUGCCAGUCUUGGCAUUGCAAUUCUCUCACUCGCCUUUAUCAUUGGAUUCCCAGGAAAUGCAUUUGUCAUCUGGACAAUUUUGACACGAAUGAAGAAACGCACCGUGACUUGUCUCCUUAUUUUACAUCUGGCCAUAGCAGAUGUCCUUGUCAUCCUCACAGCCCCAUUCUUUCUCCAUCUACUUUCCACUGGUAGUUGGACUUUUGGGAACAUCAUUUGCAAGAUGUGUCAUUACAUUAGCUGCUUGAGUAUGUAUACCAGCAUCUUCCUGAUCACCUUCAUGAGCAUGGACCGCUUUCUAGCUGUGGCUAAACCCUUCACUUCCCAGAAGGUGCGAACAACGCCAAUUGUCCGAGGCAUAGUUUCAAUAAUAUGGCUAUUAGCCUCUCUGUUAGCUAUCACAAUGUUCUUCUACCGUGCUGUAAUACCCAUAAAUAAUCGCCCGCAAUGUAUACCUAUUCAUAAAGGUCCAAACCACAUGGUUUUUCAGUAUAUUUUUGAGACUUUAACUGGAUUUGUUAUACCUUUCACAAUCAUAGUGUUCUGCUACAUCUACAUUGGAAUAAGGUUACGCACUGCAAAGUUUCAAACAAAACAGACAAGCCGUUUGGUCAUCAUGAUUAUAGUAACUUUUGCCCUCUUCUGGCUUCCAUACCAGGUAGUCAAUAUGUUACAGGUGUCAGGACAACUAUUCUCACCAUCUCUCACAAAAGCAGCUAUAAGCGCCAGGCCAAAUACUAUAGCCCUUGCAUUUCUAAGUAGCAGCGCUAACCCUAUUUUAUAUGUGUUUGCUGGUGGCAACUUCAUUAAAUCAGCUGGAGUGGGAUUCAUGGCCAAACUCUUUGAGGGGACUGCUUCUGAGACUUCAAGUUUCCGUAAAAUCUCUCAGGUUUUUCGCCAAAGAAGUCAUACAGAGUCUGUUGAAUUAGAAAAAUGCUUAGAGCAAGCAGAACAAAGUAAGACUAUGUUAUCUAACCAAACAGACGGAUUAUGAUAAGAUAAUACUUUUGUAUCAUUUUUAGACUUAUAUGUCUAAGAAAAAAAAAUUUAAGGGUACGUUAACUCUUUCAACCAAUAUAUUAAAGGUGUUUUUCAAAUGAAUAAAAAUUGCAAUAGAUUCGGAGGGGCUUAAAAACAAAAAAAACAGAUACUACCGUUCUGACGUUGCUUCAGCCCCUGAUGCUCUCUACUUCCUGUCCCAGUUUGAGACAUAGGAAAUGUCAGGAAAGGCCUGCUCAGCAAAUCACUGGGUCACCACUAAGGUCAGUGAUGAGCUGUCUGGAUUACUUUCUUGCAUUUCCAGCAUGAUUAAACAGGACAGGAAGUGGAACGGUGUUGGAACUGCAACAAUGGGGAUCGGUGAGUGUAUUUGUUCUUUUAUGUUUUUAAACCCCUCUAACCCCACUGACACUGAUUGUAUUAUGUAAUUUCCCCAUGCAUGUAAAAUAUAAAAAAAAGGUAACUGUACAAACCGUGUUGAUUAAAGAUAUCCUGGCAUUUUGUGUA